GCAAUGAGACGCGUGCAUCUUGGCGACAAUUUAAAUACUCGUUGGGCAGAUUGCUUUUAUUGCGUUCUGUGAAGUCUGCUGGCAAACACGUUUUAAACACGCCGAUUAGCCGAGUUCCGUCAUGGCAGCUGUUUUUCUUGGAACUAUCGUGCACUCCAAGUCCUUUAGCGAGUUCGAAUCCUUCGAGCGAGGAUUCCUUGCGGUGUCCGCCAGUGGAAAGAUAAUUGGAAUUGGUCACGACUACCAGGCGUGGGAGUCCAGUAACCCAGUCCUGGCCAAGGACUUGGAGGUUGUUCGCCUAUCGGACUACCAGUUCCUCAUGCCGGGUUUCGUAGACUGUCACAUUCACGCCCCCCAGUUUGCACAGGUAGGCCUCGGAUUGGACAUGCCCCUUUUGGACUGGCUGAACACGUACACUUUUCCGCUUGAGGCUAAGUUUUCCGACCAGCAGUUUGCACAACAGGUCUACAAGAGUGUUGUCGAAGCGACGCUGCGUUGCGGAACCACGCUGGCGUCCUAUUUCGCCACCAACCAUUUGGAAUCGACUCUCAUCUUGGCGAGGGAGGCUGUGCGCCAAGGCCAGCGGGCUCUCGUGGGCAAGGUCUGCUCCAACUGCAACAGUCCGGACUUUUACGUGGAGACUGCAGAGGAGGCGGUCAGCGGCACUCUGGCUUUCGUGGAGGAGAUGAAAAAGCUCGGCAGCCCUCUCGUGCUGCCCACGAUCACGCCUCGUUUUGCUCUCAGUUGCAGCAAGGAGCUGUUAAAGGAUCUGGGCGACAUUGCGAGGCGUUUCGACUUGCACAUCCAGAGCCACAUAAGCGAAAACUUGGCCGAGAUUGAAGUCGUAAAGGGGAUCUUCAAAACUAGCUACGCCGGUGCAUACGACGAUGCUGGCCUGCUCACCAAUAAGACGGUAAUGGCGCACGGGGUGCAUCUGGAGGACGAAGAGGUUGCUCUCUUAAAGGCGCGCUGUUCAUCGGUGGCCCACUGCCCCGCGUCCAACACAAUGCUCAGUUCGGGCCUGUGCGACGUUCAGCGGCUAGUAAACGCAGGCGUGACCGUGGGCCUCGGUACAGAUGUUUCGGGUGGAAACUCAGUAUCCAUUCAGGACGCCCUUUUGCGAGCCUUGGACGUGUCCAAGCACCUGGACUUCUUCAAAAAGCAGAACAUCCGCGGAAUGGGUGAGGCCAAGACACAAGACCCCAACUACGUCCAGCUGAAGUACAAGCAAGCCUUCUACCUGGCUACACUGGGCGGCGCCAAGGCGCUUUCCCUGGACCACCUGACCGGAAACUUUGCAUUGGGCAAGGACUUUGAUGCCCUUUUGGUGGAUGUAAGCGUCUUAGAAAGCCCUGUGCGGAGGCUUCAUGUUAACGAGCUGGUGGAAAAGUUUAUUUACACCGGCAGUGACCGAAAUAUUGUAGAAGUAUUUGUUGCCGGCAAUCGCGUUAAAAAAGGGUGUCAAACAACAUAAGGCAAUUAUUCUUUUAACAGUGACGUUUCACAAGGAAACGUGCAUAUAGAGAAUUUAUUUUUAUAGCGACAAACAUUAAAUGCUGAAACUAAAUAUCGAGCUAAGAUAUCCUCCAACAUACUCUCCUCUUAUGUACACUUGGACUCCUAAAAAGUAAAACUAAGUUUACAUUUCAUACUCGGAACAGUUCUGUACAUAAGCUUUACUCCUAGUUUCCAUCAAUAUUAGUUUAAUCACAUAUUGGCUAUAAAGGGGUCAGGACAUAUCGUAUUUUAUCUAAUUGCAGCAAAUAAAGUGUAUAUUUCUAUA